AUGUCUUUCCGAGGAGGUUCGCGUGGACGCGGCGGUAGCGGAUUUGGUGGCCGUGGCGGUGGUCGCGGCGGUGGCUUCCAGCAGCGAGACAUGGGUCCUCCUGCUCAGAUCCUCGAGAUGGGCAAGUUCGUUCACGCCUGCGAGGGCGAGAUGGUCUGCGAGUCCAUCAACCCCAAGGUCCCCCACUUUAACGCCCAGAUCUUCCUCGAGAACAAGACGGCUGUCGGCAAGGUCGACGAGGUCCUCGGCCCCAUCAACCAGGUCUUCUUCACCAUCAAGCCCACCGAAGGCAUCCAGGCCACCUCUUUCAAGGAGGGCGACAAGUUCUUCAUCGGCUCCGAGAAGCUUCUGCCCCUCGACAAGUUCCUGCCCAAGCCUAAGCCCCCGCCUGGUGCCCCCAAGCCCAAGCGCGCUGGCGGCGGUCGCGGUGGUGCCCGUGGUGGUGGUCGCGGCGGCUUCGGUGCUCGCGGCGGCGGCCGUGGAGGUUUCGGCGGUGGUCGCGGCGGUGGCGGCGGCGGUGGUUUCGGUGGCCGUGGUGGUCGCGGUGGAAGCGGUUUCGCCGCUCGUGGUGGUGGCCGUGGCGGCAGUGGUGGUUUCUCUCGAGGUGGCGGCGGCGGCGGCUUCGGCGGUGGUCGCGGACGUGGUGGUUUCAGCCGUGGGGGCCGAUAA